UUUUAGUUAAAAAAGAGAAAAGAAAAAAGCUUCAUUCCCCCAUUUCUAACUCACAUCCUUUUCAUCUGUCCCGUUCCACCCCCGUUCUCCAUUGCCGCUGCCAGCACCGCCGUCCACCACAGCAGCGCCUCCGUCGGUACACCUCUCUAUUUAUGGCCUUUGGUGCAUGAUCAGAAGCAUUUGGUCUCUCACCUUGAUAACUCUCAUCAUGAAGCCAAGAACUGGUGAGGUGCCAAGGGGAAGAAAUUUUCAGGAGGGGGGCCCAAACUGGAUCCUUAUCGCAGGGGGUGCUUUGCUGAGUACAUUGUCAAUUCGCCUAGGUUAUAAGCUUAAGCAGGUUCAUGAUGCUAAGCAACUGGAUAAUAGCAGCCAAAGACUAAAAAAUGGAAAAUCUGAUGAUUGGAAGAAGUCAGAGAGCUGCCCUUUGCAUUCAAAUUCUUUUUGUUUUUCCCAACAAGAUGAUGGUUGCUACAGUCGUUACAAUGGAUCCAGGAAUGUGGUAGAAAUCAAACCGCAACACAAUGGCCAAAUGAUGACUGAGCCUGAAGUGGCUCUUCCUCUUGUGACUGUUCCUACUGCAGAGUUUCAGAAAGAAAAUGGAGUGAUGUGGUCAUCUUCUCCUGAUUGCCUUGAGCUGCCCCAUAAGCCUUUCCACCAUUCAAACAGUUCUGAGUCGCCAUGCGUUUCAGAUUCUGGGUCUGACAUUUUCAGCAAGCGGGAGGUUAUACAGAAGUUGAGACAACAGUUGAAGAGAAGAGAUGACAUGAUACUGGAAAUGCAGGAUCAAAUUGCUGAGCUUCAAAAUUCUCUAAGUGCUCAGCUUUCACAUUCUUCCCAUCUGCAGUCUCUGCUGGAUGCUGCAAAUAGGGAUUUGUUUGAUUCAGAAAGAGAAAUUCAGAGAUUAAGAAAGGUAAUUGCAGAUCAUUGUGUUGGAGAUAUUAACUCUGGUGACAAGUCCACUGCAGUUCCUGUUUGGCCGGCUCAGGCUGACGGGAUGAAUGGUUAUACUAAUGGGUAUCUCGAAGUUGAAAGUAAUUUGGGGUCAUUGGAGAAAGGAAGAGGAGAUGGGGAAAAGAUUGAAAUGUUGAAGAAGGAAGUUAAUGAAUUGAAGGAAUUGAUUGAGGGGAAAAACUACUUGCUCCAAAGCUACAGAGAGCAGAAAACGGAGCUCUCAAUGAAGAUCAAAGAGUUGCAGCAGAGAUUGGAUUCUCAACUUCCAAAUAUUUUGUAGGCAGAUUUAGCUUCUUGUGCAUCUUUGUCUGGCUUCCCUAUUUAUUUUCUCAGUUUUCUUUUAUAAUUUGAAGCUGUUAAUUUUGGGCCCUUCUCAUUAUCUUGUUUUACCAUUUUUACUCAGUUUUGGGUGUGCUUCCUGUGCAAAUGUGACGGGGAUUGUGAUGUUCAUAAGUUUGAGUAAAAUGAUUUUGGGCUUAGUGGUUUUAUGUUUGUGGGGGGUUUUUUAACCCCUUGUUUUCCCUUUUCCUUUUCUUCUUUUACCUCGUCAGUGAGUUUAUGUUUUGUA